AUGAACGGUUCGGACUCGCUGAGGCCACUCAGGCCCUCAAUAGAGGGUUCUUCGAGAGUCCUUCUCGAAGACUCGAUUUCAAGGCGGAGGAAUGUCCGCACAGCAUGCACUACGUGCAAACGGCGCAAGUUGAAGUGCUCGGGUCAGGCACCCUGCGUCAACUGUCUCAAGACGGGGGCAUCAUGCGACAUCGACGAGGAUGGCGACCAGCGUCGGAAGCAUGUUCUCAAACGAAAACUCGACUCACUGGAGGAGAAAGGCCAGCUUCUGGAUCGACUCAUUGCCACCCUCCAGGAAAGCGACAGAAUCUACGCUGCGCAAAUAACCAAUCUCAUUCGCAGCCAUGCGUCGUUGGACGAGAUCAGAACCUUCAUGGACGAUCUGAUGGAACGACCUCGGUUGGAAAAGACCCCAGAACUUAUCGAUGCAUGUCAUAGUAUUGAACAGUGGCACGAGUCGCAAAAACGAGUGAUUCGUACCAGGUCCGAGCCGAAACAAUUGCAAUUGUCUGACAUGCCGCUCUUCCGAGUACCCGCACAUCCAUGGACGAGUGUCACAGAAGACGAUGACUUCGUGUCACAUUUGAUAUCUCUGUGGUUCACCUGGGCACAUCCGUUCCUAAACUGGAUUGAUAAGGAUCUCUUCAUCCGAGAAAUGCAAACAGGAUCGAUAGAUUCUGAGUUUUGUUCUCCUUUCUUAGUCAAUAUCAUUCUUGCAGAUGCCUGUGCAUACUCCGACUACCCCGAGGCAUACGCCGUCGCAGCCGAGCAGUGGUCACGAGGACUCCACUUCUAUAAAGAGGCUAAACGGUAUUUCGAGAAAGAUCUCAAUACAGGAAGGAUCGCGACUCUCCAAGGCAUGGGUGUCCUAUACUUGUGCACAUGCCUAAUCGGUAGGGACCGGAUCGGGUGGAGGUACCUGAGUGACCUCGCAUACGGAGUGCACGAACUGGCUGAACAGCGCAGACCACCGCCCGAAGAUGCUGACCAGGAGACACUUGAAAAAUUGAAAGCAGCAGACCAUACGAUCUGGGGACUUUUCACGUUAUCCUCGAUGACCGCAUUCUCAUAUCAAAGGACCGCUUUGAUCAAGGUGCCAAAGAUACCUUGUCCACCCCUUGGCCGUGAUGUCCAUCGUGAAAAGUGGUCCAACUAUCCCGUCCAAUCAGAAAACACUAAAGCGCACACUCAGUGUUUGUCAAAGGCCCUUAAUGAUGUGAGCCUCAUCACGCAUGACCUGACUUGGUUAUUGUUCAAUCGCAGUGAUGGACAGCAAACCCUCAAUGCUGAGUUUGUUAAAGCAGCAGAAAAUGCAUACAGUCGUCUGUGUGCGUGGUACGAUAAGUUCCCGAACUGUUUGGGGACGAGCAAUGCCACGCCACAUGUUUUGAGUCUCCAGUCCGUUACUCUUUCCCCGGGAGAGACCAAUCAACCCGAGCUGACCAGAAUCAAUGCCAGUCUCAAAUACCACACCAUUAUCCAGACAUUGUUCGGCGUCUUGAAGGAUCUCCCGAAAGCCGAGGGCUGUGACGAGGGUGAGGAGUGGCUGCUUAAAACUCGUCUACGAGCCCAGGAGCGGUGUAUCCAAUCGGCCCAGGCAAGCGGAGACUUGAUCGACAUCCAUUGCGACUUAUGGGGCCUAGAUCAAAUGCCACCUGCCAAUGUACAGUGGGUAACUGUGUCCAUGUUCACUCUCCUGCCGUACUUGGAGGACAAUGAGAGAAACUGCAAAGCCUUUACCAGCUUGAGCAUCGCGGCGAAGGCGUUCUCGAGUCGCUGGUCAUUGGGCAAGGGCAUGCUGCGGUUGUUCCAAGUAACAUCCAAGCAGAUGGAGAUAAAGCUGCCAACUGAAACAGAUGCACUCUUCACCGACUUCGAGACGAAUACCUGGAGCCGCGAGGACCGCAAGAUUCUCAGUAGCCAGUACCCCAACUUUAUCAACUCAAUGAAGGGUGCGCAGGUGGAUGAGGUCGAGCUCGAUAUGUUCUUGAACAAAUUCGACGAAUUGCAUCUCGAUGAUGAUGGUCAAGGCUCAGAGGGUUCGAUCGAGGUGAGGGUGGAGCUAUAA